AUGUAGAAAGCGAAAAAUUAAAUGCAAUAUAAUAAAAAUAGUAAGCAGAAUAUCAGUAAAAAAUAGAAUCAGAAGGAGCGCUUGUAGCACAAUAAUCGGUAUAAAUGGAAAGAAAUUUAAAAGAUAAAGCUGAAUAACAACUAAAAGCAAUUUAAAAUUAAAAAAAUUCUUAGUAAAUUGAGGUAAAUAAUUGGAAUUCAUGGUAUUAAAAUUUAUAAUAGACAAGUUAAGCUUAAUCCAAUAGAUUAAGUAAUUAGUAAUUGCAGUUACUAUUAUAAAAUUAAUAAGACUAAUAUUCAUUAAAUCAAAAAUAUUCAGAUAUUAAUAGCUCUUCUUAUUAAUUUGAUUAAACAAUGA